AUGCGGGAAUGCGUUCGUGUUCUCGGUCGCUUCAACAAGCUGGCUGAGAAGGGCCGCUCAAGGAUAGAGUACACGGAACAGCUGAUUGCCGACAUUGCAAGUUACUACGGCUACAACGAGUUCCUUGCGACAAAGCUUUUCCAGCUGUUCUCUGUUCCCGAGGCCAUCGAAUUCUUCGAGGCAAACGAAGUCCCUCGCCCUGUCACUAUACGCACGAACACCCUUCGUACACGCAGGCGCGACCUCGCGCAGACCUUGAUCAACCGCGGCGUUAACCUCGAACCCAUCGGGAAAUGGACGAAUGUUGGCUUGCAGGUCUUCGAGAGUUCUGUCCCAAUUGGUGCUACUCCGGAGUACCUGGCUGGGCACUACAUGUUGCAGGCUGCAUCCUCUUUCCUCCCCGUCAUUGCUUUGGACCCGCAGCCGCAUGAGCGCGUCCUUGACAUGGCUUCCGCGCCUGGCGGGAAGACCACGCAUAUCGCCGCGCUCUUGCAGAACACCGGCGUUGUCUUCGCGAACGACGCGAACAAGCAGCGCACGAAGAGUCUUACGGCCAACGUUCACCGCAUGGGCUGCAAGAACGUCGUCGUCUGCUCGUAUGACGGGCGCGAGUUCCCUAAGGUCAUCGGCGGGUUUGAUCGCGUGCUUUUGGACGCGCCGUGCAGCGGUACGGGCGUGAUCAGCAAGGACGCGAGCGUGAAGAUCAACAAGUCCGAGCGCGACUUCACCCUCCUGGCCCACCUCCAGAAGCAGCUCAUCCUCUGCGCGCUCGACAGCGUCACGCCCAACUCCAAGACCGGCGGCUACGUCGUCUACUCGACCUGCUCCGUCACCGUCGACGAGAACGAGGCGGUGAUAGACUACGCGCUGCGCAAGCGGCCGAACGUCAAGCUCGUCGACACCGGGCUCGAGUUCGGGCGCCCCGCGUACACGAGCUUCCGCGGGAAGACGUUCCACCCGAGCGUCGGCCUCGCGCGCCGCUUCUACCCACACGUCCACAACAUGGACGGCUUCUUCGUCGCGAAGUUCAAGGUCGAGAAGCGCAAGCCGGGCGACAAGGAACCGGCGAAGAAGGGGGAGAAGAGCCUGGUGGGCAUUGAGGGCGAGGAUGGCGAGGGGGAUGAGGAGCCCAAGACGGCCUUUAACGAAGAGGAGGACGCGGCGAUUAUCGAGGAUGCCAAGCGCCGGCAGAUGAAGGCGAAGGGCCUGAAGCCGCCUCCGAAGAACAGGCCACCAAAAGCGACCAAGACGGUCGAGGCGGCGGCUUGA